AUGACUUGGAGACACCACUCAACGAGAUUUAGACCGAAGCAACGCGAAGUUGAAGGAAAGGAGGAGCGAUGGCACCGCACGAUCUCCGCCGUCCGUUCAAGCGCCCGGCGAUCUCCGACCAGCAGCGCCGCCGCGAGUUGGCGCUCCUCCGCCAGGCCCAGCAGCGCUCCGACUCCCACAACCGCGCCCGCCGGCUUGCUUCCUCCCUCCUCUCGCUCCCCGCCGCCGACCAACCCCCUUCUUCUCCCGAACCGAUCCUCGAAGACCAGCCCAUCCAAAUCGAACCGGCUUCACCGGAGCCCGAACCGGAGGCGCCGGAGGCGGCUCCGACGAGGGACUUGAACGCGGUCCAGGCCUCCAAACUCAAGGGCUUGGAGGCCCGCCGGUGGUUUGCCCGCCAGCUUAUGCUCCCCGAGUGGAUGAUAGACGUCCCCCCUCACCUCGAUCGCGACUGGUAUGUAUUUGCAAGGCCUGCUGGUAAGCGGUGUUUUGUGGUUUCUUCGAAUGGUACAACAGUUAGCAGGCUCCGGAAUGGCUCUGUUCUGCAUCAAUUUCCAUCUUUGUUGCCUAAUGGUUCUAGGAGAAAAGACUUGUCAGGUCCUGCACAUUCAUAUUGUAUCCUAGAUUGCAUAUUUCAUGAGCCUGAUCAAACGUACUAUGUGAUUGACAUGGUUUGUUGGCGAGGAUAUUCAUUGUAUGAUUGCACUGCGGAGUUCAGGUUCUUCUGGUUGAAUUCUAAGCUUGCGGAAACUGGAGCUUGCAAUCCUCCAGCAGUACAUCAUAAGUACAGAUUCAGUGUAAUCCCGAUUUAUGAUUGUGAUCAUACGGGUCUACAGGCAGCAUAUACAGGCACUGUGCCUUAUGUCAAAGAUGGGCUCCUAUUUUACAACAAGCAUGCUCAUUAUCAAACCGGCAAUACACCUUUGGCGCUAGUUUGGAAGGACGUAUUCUCUAGCCAGUAUUUUCUUGAUACAGACAGUACAGGACAAGUUCCAGCUCAGCAGCAGGUUGUCUUGGAGCUACAAGAUGAUGGGAAAUUAACUACGUCUGAUGACCCUCCUGUUGUGUUUGGUUGCAUGGAUGGAGAGUUUCUUCAUAAGUCAAAUUUACGGUCAGGAAAUCUUCUCCGGUUUGCUGUUAGAGAUGAAAGUGUGAGACUUCAUGAUGGGAAGCUAGAGAUUCUUGACUUACAAUUUGUAGCCAAGUCUAAUCGGUCACGAGCUUUUGCAGAUAGCUACUCUAAGGUUUUCUUCCAGUAUGCGGCUCGACACUCGCCUCUUCGAAUUGAGGAUCUGAUUGCAUCCAUCCAGCCGAAUCUUGGCGACAACAGCAAAACUACAGAUGUUGACAUGGAUGGCUAAGAAGCUCAACAACUGAUGAUUUUUAUGAUGACAACUUUUUGAAGACAGGUGGUAGCUUCGUAUCAGUUUUCUUGUUCAGUGUCUCCAGACGGUGGCAGUUCCAUUAGAUGACUAGUUUAACUGACAUUCAGUGAAGCUGUUUUAAUAGCCAUGUGGUUACCAGUCAUAAGAUGGUAAUAGACUUAUAGAUACACCAUUCAACUAUUGUGAGGUCUCUUUGAGCUCUACAUGUUCCAAAUGUUUCUCCUCAGAUUUGGUUGACCGCAGGUGCAUUUUCGUCGUUGAAAGAGCUUUUGUGAUACUCAUGAAGGUUCUAUCUCAAUGGUGGUGAUCCAGAAGAUUCUUAGGCAUUAGUCUCCUUUCUUAUAUAAUUUUGUUUCUAUAUAGAGAGACAGUAGGAGAUUUUUUGAAGAUAUGGUGCACAGAUUGUUAUUUCUUAGUUGAAAUUUGCAACUCUUGGUGGGUUGCUGAUCUUUGCAGUUCAUGUUCAAAACUUGUGUACAAGCUGCUUAUUUGUUCUGAUCUUGGGAAUUAUAAGUCACUAACUUAUUACAUCAUUAGCUGUUGCCUCUAAUGUUUUCCAUUUUGACUAACUAAAGACAGCUGAAUAUGUUACAUAUGUUACAUUUUCCCCAA